AUGCUACAAAUAGAACAGGAAAACUUGCUUAUACGAGAGACCUUGACAGAGAGGUUGUUCCCGCAGGAAAGCGAGUCCGUAAAGUCGUUGGACCGUAUAAUCACCGAUUUCGAUUUCACCACGUAUCAUAUAAGCACUUUCCCCGGUGACAAAAGCAAGCUUCUCGUAUCCAUCAAUUUGAAAUGCUGGAGCGAUUUGCUCAAGUGCGGCGUCACUUUUUACCUUGAGUCCAAGUUCCAACCAUUUGCCAAUUUGCAAAUCUUGGAUGCGUCUCAAGCGGAACCAGGCUACAAUUUCUCGCUUGUGUUGGAUACAGCUGCGGCUAUUGGAGACGAUGAAGAGACCAAGUUGCAGUUGAUUGAAAACUUGGCGUUGCUCAAACGUCAUUCUAUGGCUACCCCCUUUCAUAAAGCAUUCAAUAGAUAUGACGAAUUGGCCAAAAAGUACCAGAACUCCAACACCUAUGCUGAAGAGAUUAUCCAAGAAUUGAACGAUGAAGAGGUCAUCGUUGUCAAUUACCGCGGUGUCGACGAGACAAUAUAUUUGAAACCUUCAUUUGAUCGAGUCACCGUGGUGUUUUCCACCUUGUUUCAAGAUGAAACCGAUAAAGUGUUUGGUAAAGUGUUUUUGCAGGAGUUUGUUGACGCGAGAAAAAGAUCGGUGCAAACUGCACCUCAAGUGUUGUACAACCAUAUCGAGCCGCCUUUAGAUAUCCAAAACUACGUUGGUGGCUCCAAGAAUGACGAUAACAAAGGCUAUGUCACUUUCGUCUUGUUCCCACGUCAUUUGGUCAAGGGAGACAAGAGAGAGAAUUGUAUUUCCCAUAUCCAGUUAUUCAGAAGCUAUUUCCACUACCACAUCAAAUGCGCCAAAGCCUACAUGCACUCAAGGAUGAGGUUCAGGGUUAAGGAGUUUUUGAAGAUCUUGAACAGGGCCAAGCCUGAGAACUUGGACGAUGAAGGGAAACUUAUCGAGAACAGGAAAACUGCCAGUGGUAGAAGAUUCGAUGUCAAAGCGUGA